UUCUACGCUAAGGGUCUUAAUUUUUCCGUUUGUUUCCACUUUCCAUAGAAAAUGAAUGAGAAGUGGUAAAGAUUGAAUUUUGGUGCUUCUCACCCGCCAAUUUGUUGAGAAUCUUAUGUCAGGAGUUGAUAUUGAGAAACGGAAGAAAGGCCGUGGAUCCCUGAUAGCCUAGUUGCUUCGAGCCUAACCCCUGAGUUGUUGUGAUGAAUGUAGAGGUUGUGUGAAUUAUUCUGUUGUACAAGGAACAAUGGAAAGCAAGGCUAACAAUAUAUCAUUCGAUUCGGAUGAGAGCGAAAGGUGUUUGGAAUUUGAAAGCUGUGAUGAGCAUUUAUUGAUUGAUGAUGAUGAGCUUCCAAAGGACAUUGAUUUAUGCUCACUUGAAGUUGAUAAGAUCAUACAACAGCCUAAUGCAAGCUUGCCUUUGAUGGGCAAUGCUGUAGAGCCAUACAUUGGAAUGGGGUUCAAGUCUAGAGACGAUGCUCGAGACUUUUAUAUUGCUUAUGGCAGGCAUUCUGGGUUUACAGUAAGGAUUCAUCACAACCGGCGUUCGAGGAUGAAUAACAUGGUUAUUGGCCAAGAUUUUGUUUGUUCUAGAGAGGGUUUUCGGGAUAAGAAAUAUGUAUGCAGGGAAGAUAGAGUUCUUCCUCCACCACCUGUCACCAGAGAAGGCUGUGCUGCAAUGCUGAGGGUAGCUUUAAGAGAUGGGGAGAAGUGGGUGGUUACCAAGUUUGUAAAAGAACAUAAUCACACAUUAAUGGCUCCAAGUAAAGUUCCAUGGCGAGGAUUUGGGAAAAACUUAAUUAGUGAGGAUGAGAAGGAUCAGAAAAUUAGGGAUCUUACAAUUGAACUUAGCAAUGAGAGACAGCGAUGUAAACGCCGAUGUGCAGCUUAUCAGGAACAAAUAAGUAUGCUUUUGAAAGAUAUCCAAGAGCAUAGUGAUCACUUGUCAACAAGAGUUCAAGAUAUAGUAAGGAACAUAAGGGAACUUGAGAAUGAGCAUUGUGUAGAUUCAUAACAAUAAUGCCCUUUGUACAUUUUUCCCCUUUGAGGCUUAAUACAGAUGCCACUAAUUUUAACAUUAA